AUGGCCAGCACACAGAAUAAAGGUUGCACCAUUUGUGAAAAAGUGGGUUUGAAACCCUUCACCAAGGAGAAUGUUUUCAACUAUUACAUACCGCUGCACGGUGUCGUCAGCUAUGGAGCACUCAGUGUCAACGUCAUGAAUCCCCAAAUCGUUCCACAGUUGCUGCCCAAGAAAGAUCUGACAAAUGUAUUUCUCAUUUCGGCAAUUGUUGGCAGUGCUUUUUACAUUUACGGUCGUCCACACUUGAAACACGUUAAGAAUGGCAAACGAGGCGCAUACGCAAUACUUGGAGCUACUCUCUUCAGCAUGGGAUCCGUGCUUGCCUGGGCCCUGAUUAAGUCAGCGCUGCCCAAAGAUAACGCACUUCUGGCCACAGUGGCUGGAUUAGGAACAGGCGCCGCUAUUGUGAAGAUUGGCACGGAUUACAUUCAAGAGGUGGACCAGCUGAAGAAAUAGGAUGGCACGCACAUUCGUUUUGUAGAGUUACUGACAUGCCCCACAUACAUACAUAACUUGCUCAUAAUAAACUGAUAAAAUAAAGUGUUGCAAACUAUGUACGUAAUUUGAAUAAAAUGAAAUUAUUUAGUGAAAACAAACCAUUUUCUAGACUUUGAUAUGUGUACCCAUAUACUAUAUGUAUAGAGAAAAGUUUGAAGACUAGUUCAGAAUAUUAAAAUUUGUUUUAUUUAAAAUUAAAUGUACCUUUAAUUGCCUUCUCUUAACUGCUAGUAAUGCUUAACAAUUGAAUUGUUUUGUUUUCCUUUUUUAUUUAUGUGUGUUUAAUUAAUAUACGUGUGUGUGUAUGGUGAAAUCAAAGUCAUUGAUAUAUAUAUUUAUAUAUAUAUAUAUUAUGUAUACUAUGUUUUCAAUUUGAAUAAAGAAUGAUUCUUAAGCGCCAAUACUUAUUUACAAAUUUCUUGCUUGGUUAAAACAUCCUACAAACUGUCUUAGUGACAUUGAAUUGACGACUACUUUUUAUUUGUUAAUAAUUGUUUUGUAUUGCAAAAACAUACAAAUUACUCUCGUUAACUUAAUCUUAAAUAUGCAUACAUAUUUUACAAACAUACAGUGGUCAUCAGUGGCUUAAAUAUGUUCUAAUCAAUCGAUAUAUAUAUAUA